GCUUUGCGGGCAAGGGAGUCUAUCUCGGAUAUGCCGGGGUAUGUACAAGAGCGAUAUUAGCUGCCAACUGCGGAGCAGCGGUAUCACGAUAGUUCGAUGCAGACAACCCCUGCUCGUCUUAUGUAGAUAGCCACGGCCGCGAGCUUUCUAUGAGCUCAAGUACAUUCAGGAUCCGCGCUGUCUGUCGAUUCUGACGCGAUUACUUGAUUAUUGACCAAUGCUUUCAGAUGACGCGUCAGUUAGACUCUCUGCUAACUGUCGUGCCGCUCGUCUUCAGCUACCCAAGAGUUUGGGCUUCUACUGAUCCGAAAGCUGCUCAACAAAGAUGCAAAACCGAUCAGGUUCGAGUACAGCUUUAGACGUUGGAAACAAAGAGCGUCAUUCGUCGCCAUGGGCACGAUUCAAGAGUCAUUUUCGAAUGAGGCCACCCGACGAUGAUGAGCCACAGGACUGGUGGAUUGCAUCAACGGCAAUCCCUCUUGUAGCUGCAGCUGCUGGGCCUCUAGCCAACGUUAUGUCUAUCAAUGCGCUGGUGAACCCGCUACGAAAUCACAUAUUACCAAACGCCAGCGGCCCGGACGAUCCGUUAGAGCAAGUAGGCAUUCACGAUCCGCACUGGUGCAUUGCACUCAAUGCCACUUCGUUGGCCUGUGGAGCCGCUGGCAACAUAUUUCUCUUGUUUACAUUCACUCGAACUGUCCGAUACAUAGUGGGCGUGCCUCUUUCGAUCAUUUUAUGGCUCGUAGCAACAGGACUACUGGUCGGAAUCACCGCUGCAGUUGACCUAUACAUACCUCCCAUUCCACCACAUCAAAUCUACUCCCAGGGUUACUGGAGUGCUGUGAUCGCAGCAAUACUCUACUUCAUUCUAUGUCUUAUCUUGAUGAUUAACAUGCUGGGGUACUUCCUUGGCCAUUACCCGCAGCGCUUUGCAUUGACAGAUGAACAACGAACCUUGAUCCUGCAGACUAUGGCAUUUUUGAUUUGGUUGCUUAUUGGUGCCGCUGUAUUCCAGAGGGUAAUGGGCAUAUCUUUUGCAAAUGCUUUGUAUUUUUCGGAUGUCACGGUUCUCACGUUAGGCUUUGGUGAUAUAAUCCCACCGAAUGUUGUGAGCAGAGGUCUAAUAUUCCCCUAUGCCGUGUUAGGAAUAAUCAUCCUGGGUCUAGUGGUGGGAAGUAUACGUGAAUUUGCGGGGGAAAUGAGUUACAAUAAUGUGGUGAAAGCUCAUUUGCAACGACGGCGGGAAGCAGCUGUCGCGCGAUCCGUGACAAUCGAACGGGGAGACAGUGACGGAGAUGUCGAGGACGGAGUUCCUCGGUCAGCCAUAUCGCGCAGGGAGAGCAUCAGAUCUGGCCGCGCGAAAUCAGGCAGGAGCUACAGGAAGAGGCUCAAGAGGAAACCUAUACGCAGCGCUAUCAGUGCCCUCGGCCGUGCUGCGGUAAACCGUCCGAAAGUACUUAUCAUGAGGGAAGAGAAAGACCGGUUUGAUGCAAUGCGUGCCAUCCAAUCCGAGACCAUACGAUUCCACCGCUGGUUCACUCUGUCUAUGAGUAUACUCGCCUUCGCAAUUGUCUGGACCGGCGGAGCAGCCGUAUUCUGGGCUCUGGAAUCACUCGACUAUUUCAGUGCGCUAUACUUCGGAUUCUGUUCUCUCCUGACUAUCGGUUAUGGAGACAUCACGCCGAAAUCCAACCCCGGAAGACCCUUUUUUAUCGUGUGGUCCUUGAUCGCCGUUCCAACCAUGACAAUUCUCAUCUCAGAAAUGAGUGACACUAUAGUUGCCGGUUUCAAACAAGCAACCAAUGAUUUCGGAGAAUGGACAAUCCUACCACAGGUAGACAGAUACAGAAAAUUCUUCGGUAAAUUCCCCGGUCUCCGAAAGAUCCUGCGCAGCAGUGAAGAGAAAAGACGUGUAUCGCGCGGAUUCCAGGUUGGUCUCGACGUCGAGCUUGACUCGGACGGCAACCCCGUCGCGGACCGUCCAACACCCACGAUCGAAGAGCUGGCUCGAUCUCCAGGGAAUUCUAAUCGAGCACUUGCGCGAGACCUCGCCUUCGCUAUCCGUAGGGUUGCCGACGAUUUCGGCUCCGGAGGAACAAAGCAGUACAGCUACGAAGAAUGGGUUGAGUUUACGCGACUCAUCCGCUUUACGGAAAUUGUUCCUCCCGGAGUGGAGGGCCUUGAGAAGAAUGAAUACCUCUACGGCAUCGUGGACUGGGAUUGGAUUGGAGAGACCAGCCCGAUGUUGGCGGAACAGACAGAACCGGAGUGGGUUCUCGACCGGCUCUGCGAGAGCCUGAUACGCUAUCUAGAUAUGGAUAAUACAGCAGAAGAAGAAGAGAAAGAAGAAGCACCAGUGUUGAAGAAAGAGAGAGAUCUUGGCUCCCAAGACGGUUCAGACCAGGAUCGGCACGCCGACGAGCCCCAGCCAUGGUCGGAUUCCACCGCUCGUGGACCUGGAAACGACGGCUUCUCACAUCCUCCUGUUGGUAGGGACUGGACUUCGAGUGGCCAGUCUGGACGAGGGCGCUCUGGUGAUGGUGGAAGAACGUCUUCUGAAAACCGAAGGGAUAGCGCAUGAAAUAGUUUAUCUGUUUCUUGCUGUAUAUUACCAAUGACCAUCAAUCACUAUCAGUGACUGCUCAGCAUGUCCUGGAACUGGUCUUCGUUGUAUAUAUGUAUAU